CCCAACAUAUACACGGUAAUAAUUUUGUAAUGUUCUAUCAUAUACAUUACAUUAGGGACCAAUUAUCGGCCUGUCCGAUAAUCGGAUCCGAUAUUCAUACUUUUUCUAAUUAUCGGAAUAGUUAUUUUGUCUAAUCUGAUUACCGAUAAAUUUUAAAAUGCGCUCUGUUGGCUCAGAUGCCUCCGCCUCUCUCUGAAAUGUUACUGCUUGUAGUCUGGCUCUAUGUCCCGCCCACAGUAUUUUCAGAAUGGUUAUGUCACGAGUAAAUGGCCAAUCAACACUGUACUCCGUAUUCGUGGAGGAGAGGUGGGAUAGAGGAAACCAGCGAGAGAAAGAUGCAUCACUGAGAGGACAAGCUGUUUUCAAAGGAUCCGGCCACAGAUGGCAAAGGAAAAGAUUGAGGGAUGUCACAUCUGCACCUACGUGGCUCCUGGCGAGCCUCAAGUUCUCCUGGGAAAAGACAAGGCCUUCACAUAUGACUUUGUGUUUGAUAUAGAUGCUCAACAACAACAAAUCUACAGUGCCUGUGUCCAUAAACUCAUCGAAGGCUGCUUUGAGGGAUAUAACGCUACUGUCUUCGCUUAUGGACAAACUGGUUCAGGAAAGACCUACACCAUGGGCACUGGCUUUGACAUAACCUUGGCAGAAGAAGAGCAGGGCAUCAUUCCUCGAGCAGUGAGACACCUCUUCCAGGGCAUCCAGAAACGCAGACUAGAGGCACAGAGUGCAGACAUGCCCCUUCCAGAAUUCAAAGUCAGCGCCCAGUUCCUGGAGCUCUACAACGAGGAGAUCCUGGACCUGUUUGACAGCAAUCGUGACCCUGAGGCUCGAGGCAGGAAGUCCAACAUUAAGAUCCACGAGGAUGGGAGCGGAGGCAUCUACACCACAGGAGUGACCUCACGGCUAGUCAGCUCCGAAGAGGAGCUCCUGCAGUGUUUAAAACUGGGCGCUCUGUCCCGCACCACUGCCAGCACACAGAUGAACGCCCAGAGUUCCCGCUCUCAUGCCAUCUUCACCAUCCACGUCUGCCAGAUGAGGGUGUGCCCACAGCCACACUUGGAAAAUGGAGAGAUAAACGGCGUAUCUGAUUGCUCCAUCUCUCAGUCGGAGUACGAGACGCUCACUGCUAAGUUUCACUUUGUGGAUCUGGCAGGCUCAGAGCGUCUCAAACGCACAGGAGCCACAGGAGAGAGAGCGAGAGAGGGCAUCUCUAUCAACUGUGGCCUGCUGGCCCUGGGUAAUGUGAUCAGUGCAUUGGGAGAUCAGUGUAAGAAGGCGGGCCAUGUGCCUUACAGAGACUCCAAACUCACACGCCUGCUGCAGGACUCGCUGGGAGGAAACAGUCGGACAGUUAUGAUCGCCUGUGUGAGUCCCUCUGACCGGGAUUUCAUGGAAACCCUGAACACUCUGAAGUACGCUAACCGGGCUCGAAACAUCAAGAACAAAGUGAUCGUGAACCAGGACAAAACCAGUCAGCAGAUUAGCGCUUUACGAGCAGAGAUUGCACACCUGCAGAUGGAGAUCAUGGAGUACAAAGCGGGAAAGCGAGUGGCCUGUGAAGAUGGAUCCGAGGGCUUUAGCGAUUUGUUUCAUGAGAACUCAAUGCUACAGAAAGAGAACGAUACCCUGCGUAUGCGGGUCAAAGCCAUGCAAGAAACCAUCGACCACCUCAAUACCCGAGUAACCCAGCUACUCACCAAUGGAGUCAAUCUGCUGCUCACCAAGACAGGUGAAACAAAUGAGGAGAUAGGAAAUCUAAUUCAAAACUACAUUAGAGAGAUUGAAGAGCUCAGGUCCAAGCUAUUGGAGAGUGAGGCCAUGAAUGAGUCUCUGAGGCGCAGUUUGUCUCGUCUCUCUUCCCGCUCUCUGUACCCUGCCUCCCACCCCACUCCAGGACUCUCUCUUGGCUCCUCCCCUUCUGUUUCCAUGGAUGCAGAGAUGACUGAUGUGAUUUGUCGAGCCAAAUUAGAUGUGGAGAGGCUAAAGAAAAAGGAGAGAAAUCAAAUCAGGAAAAGUCCUGAGAAAGAAAAAAGUUUGAAGAAGAGAGCCAAACUUCAUUCUCAGGAAAACGGAGAAAAGCGAGAGAAUGGACUUAGCAGAGAAAACGAAGAGAGACGAGAAAACGGAGAUGGGGACUCUGAUAAUGAACCUGAAGAGGAUGGCAUGUAUCCUCUUCAGGAGGACAAUCAAGGUGAGAGCUGCUGUGAUGUGGAGGAGGAGGAGGAGGAGGAGGAAGAGGAGACCAGGGAGGAGGAAGAGUUUGACAGUGACGAGAGCCUAGUAGACUCUGACUCUGACUCAGAGGAGAAAGUGAACUUGCAGGCAGAUCUUGCGGAUCUGACAUGUGAGAUCGAGAUCAAACAGAGACUGAUCGAUGAGCUGGAGAACAGCCAGCGGCGGCUGCUCACCCUGAAGAGUCAGUAUGAGGAGAAACUCAUUCUGCUUCAGAACAAGAUCAGAGACACACAGCUGGAGAGAGACCGUGUGCUGCACAACCUCAUGUCCAUGGAGAACUACACUGAAGAGAAGGCUAGUAAGAUUAAAUCGGAGUACGAGAAGCGGCUGAAAGAGAUGAACAGAGAUCUGAUGAAGCUGCAGGCUGCUCAGAAGGAACAUGCUCGCCUGCUGAAGAACCAGAGCCGCUACGAGAGAGAGCUGAAGAAGCUGCAGUCUGAGGUUGCCGAGAUGAAGAAAGCCAAGGUGGCGCUGAUGAAGCAGAUGAAGGAGGAGCAGCAGAGGAGGAGGACGAUUGAAGCCAAGAGAAACAGAGAAAUCGCACAACUGAAGAAAGAGCAGCGACGACAAGAGUAUCAGAUCCGGGCUUUGGAGUCCCAAAAGCGCCAGCAGGAGAUUGUGUUGAGGAGGAAGACGCAGGAAGUGUCAGCCCUGAGACGUCUGGCUAAACCCAUGUCAGAGCGUGUGGCUGGACGUGUGGUCCGCAGACUCACCAGUGUGGACUCUGGAGCUGAACUCUCUGCCAGUAUGACCACCACCUCCUCUGAACCCGAGUCGACUCGCUCAGUGUCCAGCAUCAUACAGCACUGGAACACCAAACUGAAUAGAUACCUUGGAGUGAAUGAGAGUCAUGGGAGUGGAGGAAGUCUGGCCAGUAGCAGAAAGAAGUUCCAGCGGAAGGGUACGAGCACGGGUUUCUCAAAGGCGGCCCGUCAGAAGUGGCAAGCUUUGGAGAGGAGAAUCAUGGAUAUUGUGAUGCAGAGAAUGACCAUCACCAAUGUUGAAGCUGAUAUGGAUCGCCUCAUUAAGAAACGUGAGGAGCUGUCCAUGCAGCAGGAGGCGCUAUUGCGUAAGAGGGAGAAUUUACUGAGCGAGGGCUUUAGAGAGGAGGAAAGAGUACUUCAGGAGAUUAAUGAGGAGAUUGAAGUUCUCAAUGCAAACAUCGACUACAUCAAUGACAGCCUGGCAGACUGCCAGGCUACCAUUGUACAGAUAGAGGAGUCCAAGGAUGAGCUUGACUCUGUGGACACCUCAGUGGUCAUCAGCUCCUGCUCACUGGCUGAAGCACGUUCUCUCCUGGACUACUUCCUUAAAGCCUCUAUUGACAAAGGCUUGCAAGUUGCCCAGAAAGAGGCUCAGAUUCGACUGCUGGAGGGUCAGCUGCGGCAGACAGACGUGAUUGGCUCUUCCCAAAAUCACGUAAUCCUGGAUGCUCUGAAGGAAAAGGCAGAGUGUAUCCCUGAGUUACAGGCCCUAAUCCACAAUGUCCAGCAGGAGAAUGGUUACGCAAGCACAGAUGAUGAAGCAUCAGAGUUCAGUCAGGCAUCAGAGAGCAGCUUUUGCCAAAUGAAGUUGUCUGCGAGUCAAGAUGACUUUAAGUUGAAGGUUGAGCCUCGGCUCUCGGCACAAAUGAAGGCAGUGUCAGCUGAGUACUUGGGCCCCAUACUGGACCCCACCUCUAAGAACAUCACAAAGUCCUUAGCUUCACUGUCAGAGAUCCACGAGAUCGGCCUGAUCCUCAAAGAGCCCUAUUCAAGAGAGCUAGUGUCUCGAACCAUUAGCCUGCCUAUCAGAGGACACACCUUCCCAAGACAAUCCAGGGGGUCAGACACAUCCCCAUUAACAAGGAGGCCAUCAUAUGACCGAGGACAGCCAUACAGAAGUCUGGAUGUAGGCUACACCCCACCCUCUUCCCCUCCUCUCCGAACACGCAAUGACCGCAACGUCUUUUCCCGCCUGACCAGCAACCAAAGUCAGGGCUCUGCACUCGACAAGGGUGUGAUCACUCCCACAGGUGGGCUCAAGGGAGGCAGGACGGCCCCUCUGCAGUGCGUGGCAAUGGCCGAGGGCCACACCAAACCUGUGCUCUGCCUGGAUGCUACGGACGAGCUGCUAUUGACCGGAUCCAAAGAUCGAACCUGCAAGAUGUGGAAUCUGGUAACUGGACAGGAAAUAGUGACGCUGAGGGGGCACCCUAAUAACGUAGUGUCCGUCAAAUACUGCAGCAACUCCGGCCUAGUCUUUACCGUUUCUACGUCAUUUAUCAAAGUUUGGGACAUUCGUGAUUCUGCCAAGUGCAUCCGAACAUUCACGUCAUCGGGUCAGGUGGUCUCAGGUGACGCCUGCGCUGGAACAACCACCCGCACCAUCACCACAGCCCAGGGCGAGUACCAGAUUAACCAGAUCGCCCUCAAUCCCUCUGGAUCGGUUCUGUACGCUGCCGCAGGCAACACUGUCCGCACCUGGGACCUCAAAAGAAUGCAGGCCACAGGGAAGCUGACAGGACACAUUGGCUCAGUCAUGUGUCUAACAGUGGGUUAUUCUGGUGGGGGCAAAGACCAGGUCAUCACUGGUUCCAAAGACCACUAUGUGAAGAUAUUUGAUGUUGCGGAAGGCGCUCAGGGCAAUAUUGGACCAGCUCAUAACUUUGAGCCCCCUCAUUACGACGGUAUUGAAUGCCUUGCCAUACAGGGUGACAUCCUGUUCAGUGGUUCCCGUGACAACGGCAUUAAGAAAUGGGAUCUGGGACAGCAGGAACUGAUUCAGCAAAUCCCGAACGCCCACAAGGACUGGGUGUGUGCAUUGGCAUUUGUUCCAGGGCGGCCCAUGCUCCUCAGCGCCUGCAGGGCGGGCAUGCUCAAAGUGUGGAAUGUGGACAACUUUACCCCUAUCGGAGAGAUCAAGGGCCAUGACAACCCCAUCAAUGCCAUCUGCACCAACUCCAAACAGAUCUUUACUGCAUCUAGUGACAUGACAGUGAAGAUCUGGCAUCCGAAGAUGGGGAAGAAAAGGUGACAAUCCUGAGUUUGGAAUCAUUGUUAUCGAUGAUGCCUUUUGUUUUUGAGUUGGCUGCCAAUUAGACGCGGCAGUCCAACCUUAUGGUACCCAAAGCUGACCUUGGAGUGAAGUCCAGGGUUCGGAGGUCUCGUUCCAGUAGGUCGGUUACAUGGCGCUGUUCUAAGGAGAUGAGACAGCUGUCUGUUUUGAAGUCACAACCCUUUUAAUGUCUUAAAGCCUGAUAUAUCUGGAAUAUUCAAAGGGGAAGGCAACAAUCUGUCUGAGAAACUGCCAUUUUCCAUAUUCUUGAUGUUUUAUUGGUGCCAUUUUGGUAACACCACAUUUGAUCCAGAAACUGUAGCAUCUGUACUAAAAAGUUGCACUUCCUGUCUAGGAAAAAAUUUCUUGUGAAAACUUUAUCUGUAGCUGCUGUUUUUUUUACCAUGUCAGUGACAACAAAGUAUCCAAGAUGAAGGAAGUCCACUUCAGAUUCAAAUGGCAUGAAACUUCUUUUAAUUCCUAGAGAGGCAUAUGAUUUUGGUUCUUGAAACUGAACUAGACUAGAAACUGAACCAUUGCCAUUUAUUGUCCAAAACAUUUUGUAAUGUCUCAAGAAGACUCUAAAUGAAGAUGAGAAGAUGCAACACUUUCUAUACCAGUUCUGAGACAUUGUGUAAAAGUACAGAUCUCCCCUUAUUUCAAUUAUCUCCUCUACAGGGGUUUCUCUGAACAUUUCAAAUGACUAAUGGCUACCCUAAUCUUCCUUACACCACAUUCAAACACUGGACACCAGUUUGUACAGCCCUUCCGAGAGGCUUCCUUUGCUUUUGAAAACCGUUGUCUCCAUUGUUUCUCUGUUGCUGUGAAUUUUACGUUCUCUACCUCAGGUUUAAAUUACAUUUCGGGCGAAAAACCUUCACUGAAUCUGGGUUCUAGCUCAUGACAGGAUCCCAGUUUUAUUGUCUGGGAGAUCUGUGGAUAGAGGUCUCAGAAGUGUGAAGCAGAAUUCAAAGUCUGCUGAGUGAGCAUUUUUAGGGGGUGCAUGUAAUAUGCCCAGUUCACUAGGGGACUGUCAGGUUAAGUGACACUGGCAGGAUGUUCUCCUUAAGCUCGCAGAUUUAGAGCUGCCUCAGACUCAAGCAUCUGAUUAUAAGACAGCGUUCCCCCUCUGGACAUCAAAAAGUGAUCCAGCCAUGUGUUGCUGGACGCUGUUUUGUCCUGGUACAACAUUUGUUGCUGAGGUGAUAGCUUUACUGGUAUUAUUGCAAAACUGUUUCCUAACAAAUUUCAGACAAUCUGACACUGGAUUGUUAGAUGAAAAUUUUGUCCUGUAUUACCCCAAUAUAUUAGGACUACUCUUUAAAACGUUAUAAAACACAAGUGUUGAAGAAUUGCAUAACAGCUGUAGGUUCAAUUUUUUGCUAUUCCGCACCAUGUCUGGUCCAUGUAAUUUCUUUAAGACAAAAAAUACAAAAUAAAACCAUGCUAAAGGGUGAAUCUCAUAAAGAAAAAACAAGUUUUAUUUCAGCCCAAAAUAAUAAUAAUACAAAAAAUGAAUAAGAAAUUAUAUUUUGCCUAAAUACAAUGAAGCAGAUUUUUAGUACCAUUAAGGUUUGCAUAUUUACAUUAUUUCCAUGACAACUAAGCAACUCCCCUCCUCCAUCGUAUUACCACAAUGCAAAGAUUUCUCAUUGUCAUUACUUUACAGUUGUAAAGUGUUUAUACAUUAUAGCAUUAUUUGUCGCACUAUCUAAUGGUAAUCACCAUUGAGAAUAAUGCAAAUUACAAAAUUAAAGGUCUUAAUGUUGAAGUAUGUCACAAUGUAAAAACUCUUAAUGGUCCUAAAAUGGUUUCAUUUUCAUUUAUUCAGAAUAUAAUUUCUUAUUCUUUUUGAGUGAAAUGUGACCUGGACACAUUAUUGUGAUAUUUACCCUUAAAGAACUUUAAAAUGUACAAUAGCUUAAAGUUUUAGUUCACCCAAAAAUGAAAAUUCUCUCAUCAUUUACUCACUCUCAUGACAUCCCAGAUGUGUACGACUUUCUUCUGCAAAAC